AUGGUACUCGCAAAAUGUAUUCGUUUUACUGCAUCAGUAACUGGCAAGGCUGGCCCACGGGACAUACUGGGUAACUUUCGCAACCUAGCAACCGCCACCAUCGCAUCAACACCGAACUCCACAUCCACAUCAGCGCCCACCCAGGAACAGCAACGACGGCAGCAUGCUUCCUACGGUAAAAUGUCCGGCUGGCAGAUACAUGCGUACGGUGUGCCACAAGAAGAGAUACAGUUCAGUGAUGCCAUCAAAAUGCCCAUCUUAAGGUCACCCACUCAGCUACUGGUGAAAGUAAAAGCGUCCUCAGUCAACCCGAUCGAUGUAGCCAUGAUUAAUGGAUACGGUGCAUCGGUCCUGAAUGCAAUGCGGUGUAAGGACGGUGGAAUAGAAUUUCCGCUCGUGCUUGGUCGAGACUUUUGUGGCGAAAUUGUACAGAAAGGUUUGGGCAUUUCUAGUCGUGAGCUUGAAGUAGGCGAUGAAGUGUGGGGCGUAGUGCCACUGCACUUGCAAGGUUGCCAUGCCGAUUACGUUGUGGUGGAAAAGUAUUGUCUGUUCAAGAAACCCUCCAAUCUAAGUAAAAUCGAUGCAAGCGCCAUACUGUACGCCGGAAUGACGGCCUGGUCGGGAUUGUACAUUACGGGCCAUCUGGGUGAUUUGCUAGGGGCCAUUUCACCCGUGGGUGGCGGUGCUGGUAAGAAGGUGCUCGUGCUGGGUGCUGCCGGCGGUGUCGGCACACUCGCUGUGCAGAUGCUGUUGGCCGAGGGUGUUGAAGUGUUUGCCACCUGCUCGCCGGACGCAAUGCAAAUGGUGCACAACCUCGGUGUGAAAUACGUGCUGGACUAUACCGAUCCUGCGCACGUGCAGAACGUGGCCAGCGUUGGAAGAUUCGACAUCGUACUGGAUUGUGCCGGAAAAGGUACGGACUACGCUAACGAGGUACCAUGGUUGUACGAUCAGUACAUCACCUUCAAUUCACCAGUACUUAAAAACAUCGACACUGAUGGAUUUGCGGCCGGAAUGUACCAAAAUGCCGUUAACCUCGUGCGUAAUAAUGCAGCCUCACUCAGUACCCGGCAAGGUCUGGUGAAGUGGGGAUACUUUGUGCCGGCACCGCAAGGUAUCGCCUAUCUGCAGCGUUUGGCGGAGAAGGGUAAACUGUUGCCGGUGGUAGAAAAGGUGUUCUCGUUCGCCAGUACGCCCGAAGCGUACGAACGUGUCUCGCAAAAACAUUUACGAGGGAAAGUUGUGAUUGAUUUCGACUAG